UCCAGGCUCCUGUCUCUUUAAUCAGCUAGCCUGAUUUGCCCAGUAAAUGAUUCCUGAGUGUGUGUGCUUGCGUGUGUGUGUGUGUGUGUGUGUGUGUGCGCGCGCGAGUGUUGUAGCUCUGUCAAUCCUUGGAUUAGAACCAAUGAUUGCAGCUUGUAGGAGGGCUGUCCAGGGCCAGAUUGUACGAUGUGUCUCAGUGCCAGAGUAUGAGUAGAGAUAAUUACUGAGAAGUCACACUCUCUCACACCCUCGGCUUCUUGUUGUGUCCUUCAGCAAAACAGUGGAUUUAAAUCUCCUUCCAGGAGCUCGAGAGCCACGCAAUCUGUCAGGAAAGAAAGAAAGAAAAAACCGAACCUGACAAAAAAGAAGAAAAAGAAGAAGAAAAAAAAAUCAUGAAAACCAUCCAGGCAAAAAUGCACAAUUCUAUCUCUUGGGCAAUCUUCACGGGGCUGGCUGCUCUGUUUCUCUUUCAAGGAGUGCCGGUGCGCAGCGGAGAUGCCACCUUCCCCAAAGCUAUGGACAACGUGACGGUCCGGCAGGGGGAGAGCGCCACCCUCAGGUGCACUAUUGACAACCGAGUCACCCGGGUGGCCUGGCUGAACCGCAGCACCAUUCUCUACGCCGGGAAUGACAAGUGGUGCCUGGACCCCCGUGUGAUCCUCCUGAGCAACACCCAAACCCAGUACAGCAUCAUGAUCCAGAACGUGGACGUGUACGACGAGGGCCCGUACACCUGCUCUGUGCAGACGGACAACCACCCCAAGACCUCGAGGGUGCACCUCAUAGUGCAAGUGUCUCCCAAAAUUGUAGAGAUUUCUUCAGAUAUCUCCAUUAAUGAAGGGAACAAUAUCAGCCUCACCUGCAUAGCAACAGGUAGACCAGAGCCCACGGUUACCUGGAGACACAUCUCGCCCAAAGCUGUGGGCUUUGUGAGUGAAGAUGAAUACUUGGAGAUCCAGGGCAUCACCCGGGAGCAGUCGGGGGACUACGAGUGCAGUGCUUCGAAUGACGUGGCUGCACCAGUGGUCCGGAGAGUCAAGGUCACCGUGAACUAUCCACCAUACAUUUCAGAAGCUAAGGGUACAGGUGUCCCCGUGGGACAGAAGGGGACACUGCAGUGUGAAGCCUCAGCAGUCCCCUCUGCAGAAUUCCAGUGGUACAAGGAUGACAAAAGACUGAUGGAAGGAAAGAAGGGGGUCAAAGUGGAAAACAGACCUUUCCUCUCAAAACUCAUCUUCUUCAAUGUCUCUGAACACGACUAUGGAAACUACACCUGUGUGGCCUCCAACAAGCUGGGCCACACCAAUGCCAGCAUCACACUCUUUGAACUAAAUGAGCCUACAAGCUCAACUUUGUUGCAAGAAGUGAAAACUACAACUCUGACCCCUUGGAAAGGCCCUGGCGCCGUCAGCGAAGUGAACAAUGGGACGUCGAGGAGGGCAGGCUGCAUCUGGCUGAUACCCCUUCUGGUGUUGCACCUCCUUCUCCAGUUUUGACCUGAAUGCCGCCGCCCCCCGGGGAGAAGCUGCCGCCACUGCAUCCACCAACAGAACAGCGCCGGCAACUCUGACAGCAGCAAGAGCUUUCCCCUUUCCAAAUAAGAUAUAAUUAAAUGCAAUUCAGAGAAGCAGAGCCUAAUGGGACACGAAUUUGAGGGAGGGGAACAAAGAAUACUUUGGGAAAAAAAAAAAAAGUUGUAAGAGGAAAUCGAAAAAUCGCCUUCCAGGCCUUGCAAAUAUUUAGGCACAGCUGAGUUUUCUUUCUUUUCCGAAUGGGAAGAGCGCGCCUGGCUCUGGACCCGCCUGCAAGCUGCAUUGUGUGACCUCCGAGGCCCGGUGGGCAAGGGCUCAGACACUCUGUCCGGUAGCGUGACCCCAUCAAGGAAAACUCUGGAGUCGGCCACCCCCAAUUCAGUCCGUCUCCUGAGAGGAGCAGAGUGAGUGGAGCAGGCCCAGACUGGCCACUGCGGGCCCUUUCUGUAGACUGUGCCACUAAAAUGUGUGAUGAAAGCAAAAUUAAAAAAAAAAAAAAAGAAAGAAAGAAAAAAGAAAACAAACAAGACAGCCUGACAGCUACAAUAAUCCCACAAUCAACAGUCACAAAAGAUAGUGUUAAACUUUUUUGUUGUUGUUGUACUACAUGGACAUUCUGGAUAAUAAGGAAUUCUGAUUCAUUAUUAAUUUUAUUAAUUAUAUUUUCUGAUGAGUCUAGAACUUAGUGCAAAAACAAGACACAACUAAAAAAUACACAAAUGAAAGGGGUGAAGGGAAGUAUGUUUGUUCACUAUUAAAAACGAGUAGAGUAUUUCUUAACUAGGUUUACAACUGGUGGACCGUGCGCCGGGCAUUAACCACCUGGUGAGGAUUUGACAAAUCCACCAAAAAAAAAAAA